CUUUCACAUUGAUAAAUGGCAAUGAAAUCUUUCAUCUUGAUCACCCUUUUGGUAGUUGUUUUGGUGGCACCACAAGCCAAAGCACAAUCCAUUGUCAGAAUCAAUGGAACUAUAUUUUGCUCUCUGAAUGGUGCUAGCUCUAUUGUCAAUAAUGUCAAAAUUCCAACUCUUCCUUUCCCAAAUGCUAUAGUCCAAUUAACGAUAGCCGGGACUCCAAUAUUACCGACAGUGACAACAAAUUUACAAGGACAAUUCGUUUUAACUGUAGUUCAAUCUCUGCUGACGUCGACUCUAACUAACAUUCUAUCACUGGCUAACGUCAUUGUUACUACACCACUCUCGGCUUGCAAUUCAACCCUACCUGCAAACAUCUUCCUACAAUCGGUCUCGCCGUUACAAUUGUUGGCCAACGUUACUGUCGGCGGUAUUCAUUUGGGUGUGGGAGCAUUCCUGCCUGUUCAACUAUAAGGAUCAUUAUAGUCACAAUAUAAUUAUGGAGUAUGUAUCAAAAUAAUUAGUAUAUGUAUUUCGUAUGAAUAAAGGAAGAGAUUGCUCUUAUAUAUGCUCUCCAGA